CCUGUGUCCUCACAUGGUCUCCCCUCUGUGUGUGUCCAUGCCCUAAUCUCCUCUCCUUAUAAGGACACCAGUCAUGUGAGAUUAGGGUGCACCCUAGGAUCACCUCUUUAAAGACCCUGUCUCCAAAUACAGUCACGUUCUGAGGCACUGGGGGUUAGGACUUCAGCACAGGAAUUUGGAGGAGGGACACAAUUCAGCCCACAACGCCAACUAGAGGGCUUUUACUGAGGCCCCUGAGGUGCCCAGCGCUGUGGGCAUUUACACAAAGCCUCAUGAUAAACCUGAAAGGGAGCCCUUGAGAUGCCCGUUGUUCAGAGGAGGAGGCUGAUGCCAAGGGCGGGGAGGUGACGUGCCCAAGGUGAGUCACAGAGCUAGGUGUCUUGCUCCUGCCCUUUUCCCCAAGCUGUAGCCACCCACACUCCCCGCAUGGGCGUGUAGUAGGCCGGCGCUGACCUUUGUGCUACACAGGACACCAGAGUCCUAGGGAGGGGCAGGACUGGCCCAGGUCAAGCAGCCUGAACUAGCUUCCGUGCCACACACCCCAUGUCUUGGAAAAGCUGUUCCCCAGGGGCACUCCUACCACACACUCCAAACAAAUAAAGUUUUCUAUUUUGUUUACUUCAAUGACUGCUCUGCAGGCAGCCUCAUCUCCUCUGCCCCUAAACGCCCCACCUUGGCUCUCUACCUCGGUCUCCCCCCACCCCUCUCCCCAGACCCCCCCUGGUUCUCUACCUUGGUCUGGGAAAGGAGGAGGAACCAAAAGAAUUCCAUAGGCCAGCCCCACCCAUCCGGCCCAGGGGAGGCCUGCCACCUAGCGGACACAUGGAGGGUCAUCAAGGUGGGCUGCCCUGUGGCUGCGAGGGGGCGGGCCCCAGAGCUGGAUCCCAACCUCGGCCUGUGGGGGGAUAGACGGCCCCCUCUAGACUUGGGGCUGAGAGAGCAGAGCCUGACCUCGGGAAUAUGGGGGGGUAGAUGUCCCCUUCUAGAUCUUGGGCUGAGAGGGCAGAGCCCAGACCUGAGGCUAGUGGACAACAGAUGACGGAUGACAGACAAGGCCAGGGGCUUCAGGAAGGCACUAAGGGAGGGUGAGAAAAGUGGGCGCCAGACUUGGGCAGGAACAGAGACAGAGACUAGCCCCAGAGGUGCCCCUGCGCCCCACGCUGCCAGAUGAGGAACACCUGGGCAACACUGUCAGGUUUAAGGCCCCUGGCUCUCCUCCCCUCCCUGCCCUGAGAUUUUGACCCCUCCCACGCCGGUCCUCUUGCCUCCACUCGCACCUUUGCCCCAUGACGUCAGUCUCUCGGGUGCAGAGCUGGCCGAGGCUGGGGCUGGAGCCUGGCGGCCAUGUUCUCUCUGCCGUCCCUCCCCUCCUGGCUCCCCGGCCUCUCCUCCCUCGAGUGGGGCUCCAGCCUCCUUGAUUCCCUCCUGCAAGGCCUCGUCGGGGCCUUCGGAGUCUCCGUCCUGAACAACCUCCUGAAGGUUUACUUCUUUGUGAGCUGUGCCAACCACCAUGAGCGGCGGCUGGAAAAGGAGCGGCUGCAGGCCCAGUGGGCCUCCCUGGAGACCGUGCACUUGGCAGGGCUGGCCCUGAUCCUGACCGUCGUGGGGGCCCGGGUAGCCGCCCUGGUGGUGCUGGAGUUCUCCCUCAGGGCCGUCUCCACAUUGCUCUCCCUGGGCAAGCAGGGCUCGCGGGGCACUGAGAGGCUGCGGCUGUAUCUGCUGUGCCCUUACUCGCUGGGCUGUGGGCUGACCUGCGGCCUGAGUUUCCUGCAGGAGGGUGCCUCCCACCGCACGCUGAACCUGCUCCUGGGCCUCGGGCUGGCCGCCCUGCUUAGUAUGGCCACCCAGCGCCUCUGCCGCCACGUCUGCCGUCUCUACGAGCUGCACAGCAGCCAGCACUACUGUGGGAUCUGCCUGAGCCUGCUGGCAGGCGCACAUGGCCUCCCCCGGCUGCUGGGCCGUGCCCUGGCCGUGGCCUUUGCUGUGAGUGACCUGGCGGCUGUGGCCCUCAUCAACCGGGACUUCCUGACCACCUCGGAGGCUGUGCGCUUCUGGACCCCGCUCACCAUCUGCUACACCCUGCUGGUCAUCUACAUGCAGGAGGAGCAGCGGCUGCACCCCGGCCUGCAGGGCCAAAUCCAGACGGUACUGGUGCGCAUGGGUGGCCUGUUCGUGCUGCUGCUGACCGUGGGCCGCUGGCUGGACCUCCUGGGUGUCUUCAUCUCCCUGCUGGGCGAGCUCUGGUGCCUGGUGGGCGUCCGCACUCUGCUUGACCUUUGCCAGAUAAAGGAUUUUCCAUCCCAGAGGCCUUUGGUGUCAGCUCCAGGCCAGCCCCGGCCUUUAGCACCUGCCCAGCCACAGGGGACGGCCCCUUCCUGACCUGCCUCAGCAAGAACUCAGAGUCUAUCUCAGGUGCACCGGGCUCACCUGGAGGUCUUGAGCCCAGCACGCUGCCUGGACGCAGAGUGGCAGGGUUGGCCCCCACCUGAAAUUUGGGGUGGGCACUGGGGCCCCCCAGGAAAGAGGGGAGGGUUGCGGGCAGGGGCCUUCAGAAGUGGGGCACCUAGAGGCUGCUAGGUUCAUCUUUCUUUUUCUCGGAAUGGGCCAUGGACCCACAGCACCCUCAGACCUGCCUUGGGGGGGACGGAGAUGGGGGAGAAGUGCAUCCUCAGAACAGCUUCCCCCUUUACUGGCCUCCCUUGCCUUCUCCACGAACAAUAAAGAUGGUUUUCUCAGCCUGCGCUUAGAAUCGUGAACACACAGAAAGGAAAGAGGCUUUUCCGAGACCAAAUAUUAGCUCUGGCUGAGGCCGGCUCCUGGGAUAUGUGUCAGGAGUUUAAUAUUGAGGUGGCUCU